GGGGUCUUAAGAUGGCGGCCGAGCGGCCGGCUCCUGAUGGAAGAAAAGAUGUGGAGUGGGCUGCUACCUCCUGGCCUAAAUGAAAGUGAUGUUGAGUUGAAUUCUGAAGAUGAAGCCCCAUUAGAGAACUCUGGACUUAACUUGCAGGAAGAUAAAGAAGAUGGGGCCAUUACAAAAACAGAGAUCUCAGAUGGCCAAACUGAUGGACCAAAACCUGGGGCAGAGGCAAAUGUAAAUGCAUACAAAGAGUGCCCCUCUGGAAUUCCCUUGAAUAUGUGGCAUAAAUUUCAAGAAUUGCAUAAAAAACAUGCUGAACAGAAAACCUCAACUUCAGGAUUCAGAAGGAAGAAAAGGAAACGCUCCAGGAAAGGUAAAUUGAAGAAUGAGGAAGAGACUCAUAGUGAACAGACCUCAAGUGAAAACCAGUGGAAGGAGCUUACUCAGUAUUUUGGAAUCAAUGAUAGGUUUGACCCCCCUGUUAAAAAGAAAAAAGUUGACAAGUCGGGCCUUGAAAAGAGCAUAGACCAGGCUGUGGGAGAGUGGAACAUCGAGAAGGCUGAGGAACUCAGCAACCAGCUAGCUACUCGGGAGCUUGGUGUAAAAAUUGCUAAGGCAGUUGCCUGCCACAACUUUGUAAAAGCCAAAAAGGAUGCUGAAAAUUCACAGGUUGCCCGAAAAAAGAAGAAACUUGCAUGGUUUGAAGCAAAGAAGAGAUGGGAAACCAAGAGCAACAUGGGAUAUAUGUAGCUUGCCACAAUUCCUCAAGACGUUGGAGUCUUGACUUGGGUUUUUGCUUGAGUCUCCAACUGCUCAAUUUACUGAAAAGAUUUUCCUGCUUAUGUUAACUAUGUCAGGAAACUGGUAGAAAUUGGAAAAAUAAGCAUAAAGUUUGGGAGUUGAUUAUUAAAUCUUUUCAAGUCUUUCUAAAAAAAAA